UUUCCUUUAUUCGUGAAAUGUCAUUCGCUGUGUAAAGAAGUUGUAAGAGAGAUAAAAAAUAAUGCAAAAAUUUUAGUUGGUCUGUGAAACAAACAAACAAACAAAAAAAAACAAUUGUGAAAAAUUGUUAAUAAAAUUAAGAAAUAAAACGAAAUUACACAACGAAAAUGGAAGUAUUUCAAACAGAUAAUUAUUAUAUAUUUGUUAAGCGUGAAAAAAGUUUAUGGUGGAAUCGCACUACAUCGGAAUUUACCAUAAAAGCAGGUUGGGAUCUUUCUUCGGUGGAUGAUAUUGAAUGUUUAGGCAUAACACAGGGCAUAGUGGGUGUUAUCUCAUUGCCCAAUGUCUAUGAACCACAUUUGGUUAUAGUUAAAGAGGCCACACCCGUUGGUGUUUUAUAUCCACCACAUUUAGUUUAUAAAAUCAAAUCUAUUUGUAUUUUAAGUUUAUAUGAACCAGAUGCUGUUUUACCUAAUUGUACGAGACAUGCUAGCAGCUCUAAUACUACUCCAACACAUUCGAGAAACUCUUCAACUUCUUCCUCUAUAAAUGCUAAUGUUAAUUCCAAUACAAAUUCCAGUAGUUCAAGAUCCAAACUAUUCGAGGGCAAUCAAUUGAUGAAUAAAACCUGGGGUGCUGUUAAAAGUGCUGGUAAUACUAUUAAGAAUACAACACAACAAGCGGCUGCCUUGGCCUCUAAUCAAGUUAAAUCUUCGGUGGGUAUACGAGAUCCUACACGUAUUGGCAAACGUAUAACCGAAGAGUUGCAUAAGAUAUUCGAUGAUACCGAUAGUUUUUACUUUUGUUUUGAUCAUGAUAUUACCAAUAAUUUACAAAGGCAUUUGCCAGUGGGCUCAAAUGAUCAACAAACACCAGAUGAGAGAUUCUUUUGGAAUAUGCAUAUGAUUAAGGAUAUUAUGGCUUUAAAUGAUAAAACUUGGAUUUUACCCAUUUUACAAGGUUUUGUACAAGUGGAGCCUUGUGUUAUAGGCAAUGAAUGUUUUACAUUGGCUUUGGUCUCAAGAAGAUCCAGACAUCGUGCUGGUACACGCUAUAAGCGACGUGGUGUAGAUGAAAAAGGAAAUUGUGCCAAUUAUGUAGAAACAGAACAAAUAUUAUCAUUCCGUCAUCAUCAAUUGGCUUUUACACAAGUAAGAGGUUCAGUGCCUAUAUUUUGGUCACAACCAGGUUACAAAUAUAGGCCACCACCAAGAUUGGAUAGGGGUGAAGCUGAAACUCAAGAAGCUUUUGAGACUCAUUUCAUUAAAGAACUUGAUAUAUACGAGGGUGUAUGCAUUGUUAAUUUGGUCGAGCAGAGUGGCAAAGAGAAACUUAUAGGUGAUGCUUAUGCCAAACAUGUUUUAAAGUACAAUAACGAUCGUGUAGUUUAUGUUACCUUUGAUUUUCAUGACUAUUGUCGUGGCAUGCGUUUUGAAAAUGUUUCGGCUCUCGUUGAAGCCUUAGCACCAGAAGCUGGUGCUAUGGGUUUUCAUUGGCGUGAUCAACGUGGUGUUAUUUGUAAUCAAAAAUCAGUAUUUCGUGUUAAUUGUAUGGAUUGUUUAGAUCGUACAAAUGUUGUACAGACUGCUUUGGGCAAAGCUGUUUUAGAAUCGCAACUAGUUAAAUUAGGUUUGUCACCACCCUAUUCACCCAUACCGGAACAAUUGAAAAAUCCUUUUAUGGUUUUAUGGGCCAAUAAUGGUGAUAUUAUAAGUCGUCAAUAUGCUGGCACAAAUGCUCUGAAGGGUGAUUAUACUCGUACCGGUGAACGUAAAAUUAGUGGUAUGAUGAAGGAUGGCAUGAAUUCAGCUAAUCGUUUUUUCAUACAAAAUUUUGCUGAUACUUUCCGUCAGUGCAUGAUUGAUUUAAUGCAGGGUCAACUUAAUGAUGCCCGACAAUUAAAAGAGGAUGAGGUAUUGACAACCAUGCUACAGAUAUUGUGUCCUUCAACACCAGCCCCAACACGUGGCUAUUUUUAUGCUGGUGUUUUACAGCCAGAAAUACAUUUGUUGGAAAAUAUUUUAUUUACCAGCUACUAUCUGGCACGUUUUAAGGAUAGCUAUCGUCAGGCUACUAUAGAUUUAAUGUUGGGCAAUCCGGUUACUUCAGAAUCUUUAAACGCCUUAGGGGGCCAGGCGGCCCCUGACGACAACGAUGCUUCAGAGGGCGCCGAACACGCAAAAUUGCUUGUGGAGGAUUGCCGUAAACUAUUAUUGGGUUCUGCCCAAUAUCCAGUGGGUGCUUGGGGUCUUAUAGAUGCCGAUCCUAAUUCGGGUGACAUUAAUGAAACUGAAGUUGAUACUAUACUUUUGUUAACCGAUGAAAGUUAUAUUGUGGCUGAAUAUGAUUCGCAUUUAGAUAAAAUUGUUCGUUUCGAAAAGGUCUUACUGCUGAAUAUUACCCAGAUUGAAUUGGGCAUGUAUCAACAAACGAAAAUCUUUCAAAGCUCUACACCGGCCAUGCUUUGUUUGAGAAUAAAUUAUACUAUUGAUGGUGCUGAUGGUUAUUUUCAUAUGUUUAGAUCGGCUAAUAUACGUUUCUUUAAUAAUAUGGCUUAUCCUAUUAAGACGCCGGAGGAAGUAUCGGAAUCCAUGCAAUCUAUUGUGGAAAUGUUUCGUAUUGCUUUGGAUAAUGUGGGCCGAGAAGAUGUCAGAUUUACUACAGGCGGUAUUUUACAAAGGCGUAAGAGUAAAAAUCCUUUAUUGGAGGUGCCAAAGCAGGGUAUGCCUCGUAAUCUGUCCGAAUCUCAACUGAUGCAAAUCAGUUCAAAGGCGUUUUCCAAUGUCGCCGGUCAAUUUUCCAAAUUGGGUCAAUCACUAAAUCCCAACAAAUCCAAACAAUCGGCAUCUGCCUCAACUUCCGCCAACAACUCGAAACGCACUUCACCAACAACCGUUAAUAAAACAGCUCAAAUCAAUCCUCAAGUAAUGCGUCAAUCAGAAACUUCUAUUGAUAAAGCUAUUGAGGCAACAGAGAAACCUCUAUUUACUGUAGGACGUCAGCCCAAAUACUCAAGUGGUUCAGAUUCUGAGGAAAAUGAUAGCAGUAUUUAUGAACCAGAAAUUGAUUCCGAUACCGAAUUGGCCAUAUCAGCUAUAACGGCAGCUGAAAAAGUUAAUUUUAAUAAUGAAAAUAAUUUCCUACCCUCAGUGGGUAUUGUUAUGGGUAAUGCUCAAGAAGCAGCUGCAGCUACUCAACAAUCACCCACAACCGAAGGUAUGCAAGAAUUAAAUGAUAAAGAUAAUCAUAACAAACAUUUGGAAGAUGUUUCGUCUAUAUCGAUUUCAUCGGUGGCAAAUAAUUUGACAUUUCCAUCGGGUCUCUUAGAGAAUGCACCACCGGUAAGACCCAUAACACCAAAUCCUCAGAUUUGUGUACAAGAUGAUGGUGGUAAUUUUCAAGCAGAUGAAGUGCAGCAACCAAGAACUAUAUCACCAAAAGAUUUAAAAUUACCCAUUAAUAGCAGUAAAUUAAAUCAAUUCAAAUCAAUGACAAGUCCUCUAACAAAAAUAGCUAAAGGAGUACAAAAUAUCGGCUUAAAUUUGGAUCCUAGAAAAAUAGCCAGUAAGACUGGCGUUUUAUCACCCACAUCAGUGUCAGCUGACAAUUCACCUCCCGAGCGCAGUGUUGGCAGUAAAUUACAAUUGGAGGAAAUGUGGCAGGAAUCAAAUUGUAAAACCAAAUUAAUUGCUUUGUAAACUUUAUUAAUAAUUGAAAAUUUGCCUGAAAACUUAAAUUAAAAUAUUAUAGCAAUAACAAAAUUUAAAUUAUACAUUAUAAAAAUUUAAACAACUCACAUUAUUAUAUACACA